ACCGUUAGCGCGUGGCCGUUAGUGGUGCCCCUCCACCAACGGUCAGUGUCAGCUGUGGUUCCCAGGGCCGCCUUCUCCCUGCGUCGCCCUCCGCGUGACCCGGCCCCCUGUUUGCGCGCCCAUCCCUUUCGCCGGCGCAAGUCACCGCGCGGGGCGGCCGCCCGUGAGGUAGCUACCACGGCUUGUGACAACGAAUAAAGCUCCGGGACAGCGGCGCCCUCGGCGACAGCUGGGCGGCCAGCCCUGGCUGGGAGCUGCGGCCGUUGCGCUACCGUGAGGAGUGAACGGCGAAGCGACCUCCGGCCCGGCCCCGCACCCCCCGCCCGCAGGCGCGACAUGAGCCUAGUCUGGCGUCCGCGGGAUGCUCCUUGAGCCCCUCCUCCGGCUGUUACCUCCAGGGGACCGUAGUGGCCACACCGACACGUAUUUUCCAAAUAAAUCAUCCUUUAUUCUUGCGGCGGCGGGGCCGAACACGUUUAUUUUUAAUUUCCUCGACAAGCUUUUGCCCAGCGCUCAUCCAGUGAAACAACCUGGUGGCUGUUUCAAGGGAGCGUCCACUCGUUGGAAACCUCGCACUGAGCCGCUAGCACCUGCACGUUCCUCCUCAAAUGCUUUGAAGACUGGCACUCCCAGGAGCACAGAUCCCACUCCUGAACGACUGGGUCCAGCGAUGCAAAGAACUGAAGCUACGAGCUGGAAGAGCCUGUAUUACCCUCAUAUUUGUAUAGAAGAAUUCAAGAUAAGAGAGGCUGAAGCGAAUGAAGACUAUAAAAGAAAAAAAGAAGGAACAUCAAAGAUUGAGAAAAUCUGCCAAGGCUAGAAGGGUAAUCCAGAGAAAGCCGUCCUCAGGGCCUGUGUGCCGGCUAUGUCUUCGAGAACCGGGGGAUCCCGAAAAAUUAGGGGAAUUUCUUCAGAAAGACAAUCUUAGCGUGCAUUAUUUUUGUCUUAUUCUAUCCAGCAAGCUACCUCAGAGAGGACAGCCCAACAGAGGUUUCCAUGGAUUCUUGCCUGAAGACAUCAAAAAGGAGGCAACCCGGGCUUCUAGAAAGAUCUGCUUUGUGUGCAAGAAAAAGGGAGCUGCCAUCAACUGCCAAAAGGAUCAGUGCCUCAGAAACUUCCAUCUGCCUUGUGGCCAAGAGAGAGGUUGCCUUUCACAAUUUUUUGGAGAGUACAAAUCAUUUUGUGGAAAACAUCGACCAACACAGGACAUCCAACGGGGGAAUGGAAGGGAAAAAAGCUGUGUCCUGUGUUGUGAAGACUUAUCCCAAGCGAGUGUUGAAAACAUCCAGAGCCCAUGUUGUAGUCAAACUAUCUAUCACCGCAAGUGCAUACAGAAAUAUGCCCACACGUCAGCAAAGCAUUUCUUCAAAUGCCCACAGUGUAACAAUCGAGAAGAGUUUCCUCAAGAAAUGCUAAGAAUGGGAAUUCAUAUUCCAGACAGAGAUGCUGCCUGGGAACUGGAGCCAGGGGCUUUCUCGGAGUUGUAUCAGCGUUACCAGCAUUGUGAUGCCCCCAUCUGUCUGUAUGAACAAGGCAGAGACAGCUUUGAGGAUGAAGGGAGGUGGUGCCUCAUUCUGUGUGCUACAUGUGGAUCUCACGGAACCCAUAGAAACUGCUCCUUUCUUAGAUCCAAUAAGAAAUGGGAGUGUGAAGAGUGUGCACCUUCUGCUGAAGCCACAGACUACACACCUGAAAACUCAGGUUACAUCUCCUGCUGCAGCAGCACCUUCUACUCUGAGGAUCUUUUCUGCAGAGACACUGGCCUGGAAGAGAAUCCGGGCCCUUCUUGGAUUGAUGGGCCAGAACCUUCCUUAUUAGAAAAGCCAGAGUCCUCUGGUGGCAGGAGCAGCCACUCCUGGUUGUCCAAGGAUGUCAAAAUCACGAAGAACUGCAAAAAAUCCAAGUAACAGCUGCCACAUACAUCAGGUAGAAGCUGUGUUCCUCUGCAGGGUGUGGAGGAGAGAACAUUUUGGGACUGUGAGACAAAGAAAGGGCCAGCAUGGAGACAUGAACCAAGGAAAGAGAAGGCCUAGGGGAGUGUGAGGACAGAGCAGAGUCCAGAUGGCAAUGGAUUGUGUUUAUGGCUAGGAGAGUGCCUCUGCUUUCUCUCUCUGACCCCAGAGGAGCCUUUUUUCUCCUCUUCCUCCGAGAUUAUUUCACCUUAAUCUGGCCCUCAUAUGUUUCCUCUUACUUCACCCACAUUUGUUA